AUGGCAAACAAGUUUGGAUUAGGGUCUUUACUUCUAGAAUCUAAAAAUAACGAUGCCGUGAACAAGAAAUAUUUACUGGAUCAAAUAAACGCAAUUCAAGUAGAUAAGGACCAUGUUGAAAAUAGAAUAAAUGACGUGAAAAGAUUCAUCAGACGAAAUAUUAAAAAUCUUGUGGACGAACCCAAACUACAACAAGAGUUAACGAGUUUGAAACGUCUAAUUCAAGUGGAUAAAACAAGUCAGUUGCAAAAUUUAAUAUCUAAAUUAGACGAUAAGAUUACGAAGGUAAAAAUAGACGUCCAACGUUUAAUAGACAACCCAAAUGUAAACGAGGAUAGAUUGAAACGAAAACUAACCGCUUUGGAAAGAAAACUUGGUGAAUUGCUAGCAGAACUAGACAAGACCGCGGACAAAACCGAGUUAAAAAAUUCGAUAUCCAAUUUGAACGAAAAGAUCGCGAAGCAAAAAUCAGAUGUUCAAGAUAUAAUUAACACACUUCCCAUUGACAAAGAUACGUUGAAACAACAAUUGACUGCUUUGGAUACUAAAAUCACGGACGAAUUAGAAAAAGAAGUGGGUGUGAUUAAAAACUUUCUUCAAAAUAAAUUUCGAGAUGAUAUGAAAAAUUAUAUUAAAGAACAGGUCAAUCUUUUAGUAUCUAGAAUUCAUGACGAUUUUUUGAGACAAGAGAGAAAGUUGAGCAAAUUAGAAGCUAUUGUCACGGACAAAUCGUAUUAUUUCAAUCUUCCAUUCGAAAGUGACACUGUCUUCGAUAGAAAAGACCAAAUUUAUAAAUCAAACAAAUACGGAUUCAAAGCAGAAAUAAAAGUGGGUUCUCUCGCAUACGGAGAACCUAAAAACGUAUUCGAUAUCGGCGAAACGCAAGAGUUUUCUUUUCGAGGUGGAAAAUACACCUCGAUCGAUGUUCAUAAAAGUUCCGACUUCAUCCUUAAAGGUGGUGGUUUUAUUUCUAGAGCCAAGAUAAACAUCGAAAAAGAAAAAAGAAAAUAUUCCUAUCAUCUUAAAGAGGACCAUACGAAAAAAGAAAUGUCGUUAGUACGCGUAAAUGUUUUUACUUUUAGUACCCGAAAAUUUAAUAAUAAGGCCAAACAACAAUGUUCUAUACGAUAUUCCGUGGUUCCAUUUAUCGGAAAUUCACUUAAUUUAACGACUUAA